GCAGCGGCAGUCUGAGUUGGGCUGGGCUGGACUUGGCCUGGAGGGCUUCCUGUGCCGCCCUCCGUUGCCCAAGUAGGACGGAGCACCGACUUCCAGCUGGAGAAGGAACUGGCCCUCGCCUUCAGCACCAUGUACCGGAGGGAGAGGCAGGAUGAGAUUGAGCUAGAAAAAAGUGUCCGCCGACUACGGGAAAAAUUCUAUGGAAAAGUGAGCAUCACAGAUGCUGUGAUUCUGAUGCGGACAUUCUGCAACAAUCAUGACCAAGUCUGCAAGUACAUCACCCUUGAUAUAAAAGAAACAGAAGAUGUAGAGCCAGAAGAUGGAGAGAAGCUCAGUGGUGAUCCGAUAGCAUUGAAAGUAGUGAAUAAACUGAAGGAAGAAGAGGAGCAGAAUAAAAAGGACGCAAGGGGCAAGGAUGAUAAGAAAAUUAAGGAGGUUGCUAAACAGCUGAUGCCCUUGACAAAGGAGAACUUACAGAUGUUCAAUAAUGCCGAAAACAAUCGCAUCCCUCCAGUUAUUCGCCAGUUUUCCUGCCAGCCCUGUGACCAUAUGUGGUGGCGUCAGGUCCCAGAGAGAAAACAGGUGUCGCGUUGCCGCCGAUGUGGGACCCGCUAUGAUCCAGUGCCAUACGAUAAAAUGUGGGGCACAGCAGAGUUUAAAUGUUUAUCAUGUGGCCAUACUUUCAGGGGAUCAGCUCAGAUGGGGACACCAUCUCCUUGCUUCCAGUGCCAUACACCUGUACUCCCAAGCCGUAUCCUCCCACCGCGAAAGUUCCCAGGACCCCGAGGCAGACAGCAGCAUUCUUGCUUUGCAGAAGAUUGCUACAACCGAUCAGAGCCUCAUAUUCCUGGAACCUAUUGUGUUCAUCCACGAAGCCGGAUGAAGAAUCACUUGCCAAAAGUCAUUUGUCCCAGCGAAGUGCACGAUAGCACUGGUUCCACAGUAGCCACUUGCAUAAGCCAAGGUAGCUUGGCAUGUUCGGACAUCGAUGACCUCAUCUUAGAGGAUCUGAUAGAACAGGAUGAGGAGAACGAUAGCGAGGGCAGCAAUUAGCCAUCUGUAGGCUUGAGAUGCCAACCAUCUUGCGAGAGAUGGACAGAAGGUUGCAAAUUAGGGAAAGUGGCAUUUGUAUGAAAUCUUAUUUUACAUUCCUCUGAAGUCUGUGCCUGUCUGUUCUAAUCAUGAAAAGCAAUUUGCUUCAAGUCCAAUCUGACACUAUGACAAAGAUAUGACAGGAGCUGGGGAAGCUUUGUCAUCACCAUGAAGCUCAUAGACCUGCACUUUAUGCGACCAAAAUAUUAAAGAUCAUGGAAUGGGAGGAUCCCUGUGGCAAGCAAUAAGCCAAUAGAUGAAAAGAAUAAUUCUCAUUGUGAUAUAUUUUAAUUCUUGAAAUAUAAAACCAAAAGACCAAAUAUUUUUCUUAAUUAAAAAGGGCAAGCAACUACCCUCCAAAGUACUUGCAUAAUAAUAGUAAUGCUAUUGAAGUAUUAGUUAUAUCAUAUAUAAAUCAUUUUUAUCUGUAUAUAUUAGAGCAGGACUAUCAAACUCACGGCCCGCGGGCCAGAUGCGUCAUGUACUGGCCAUGCCCACGCCCAGUUUAGUGAAGGGGGGAAAAGUGCCGAUACAUCACGUGACAACGUGAGAAUUAUCCUUUUUUAAAGGUAUCGGGUGGGGGGGGAGAAGCUAAUAUACAACACCUUACAAUUGAGAGCAUAUUUCCUGAUUUUAAAAUGGAAAGCGUUAGUAUGUCUCCUCUGUGCAGAUUUUUUUAAAUCAGUGAUGAAUGCACAUAACAAAUUGCAAUGUAUCUUUUGUUGCCCCGGUAUAUUAAAAUUCAAAUUAAAAUA